GAGUAUUCGUCGUCGUGGAUGCGCUUGAUGAGUGCGAAUCGUCGAGUUCCUGCCGAGACAGUUUUCUGUCAACAAUAUUUCACUUGCAGAGACACCAAAGAGUUAACAUUAUGGCGACGUCGAGGUUUAUUCCUUUAAUUGUGAGAGAAUUCAAAGAGAGUAUGAUGGUGAAGAUCCGUGCAAACGAGGAGGAUGUGAAAAUAUACGUACGGCACCGUAUCAGAGAGCUACGAGACUUCGUUCAACGCAAUCCGCAGUUACAAGAGGAGAUCGUAAGCGUCAUUUCGGAAGCAGUGGACGGAAUAUAAGGUUUUUUUUUAUGGCAGCGGUUACAGAGACGGGACACCCUUGGCUAAUAUUAAUACUGGCUUAGGUUCCUGCUGGCACAGUUGCAUUUGGAUAUCCUUCGUGCUAAAAUGACACCGAAAGCGAUCCGUGCCACGUUAGAGGACCUUCGAAACCGAAGCCAACGGCCAGGCGGAGACGAGAAAAGCCAACUUCUCACGGACACGUACGAGAAAGUCAUGGAGAGGAUCGCCGGACAGUUGCCGGACAUGAAAGACCUUGCAAUGGAUGUUCUAUCGUGGAUUAGUUGGUCUGAACCCACAAUACACGCCUCCUCCCUCCAAAAACUGCUUGCAGCAGAAAGCGGCAAGUCCGAGAUCGACGAAGACAACAUGCCGGAUACUCGCGACACAGUAUCCGUCUGCGCCGGAUUGGUCACUAUCGACGGGGAAAGUGGUAUUAUCCGCUUGGCUCACUACACCACGCAAACGUACCUGGAGCAUACCCGGGACCGGUGGUUUCCGGAAAGCCUCUUCAAGAUCACCAAGGUCUGUAUUUCACUCCUCUCCUUUCGAUGUUUUCCAGGUGAGCACACCAGAUCGUGGUUGGGUCUUUGCGAUCAGAUGCAACCGAGUCUUUCCCCAGGCUCUGUCAUCUCUCGAACCAAUUCCCUUGUUUCCCUCUCCCAAAGUUUCCAACGAGCUGCCUUCUUUCUUGUCUAUGCUCUAUCCGACCCAGAGAUGGGGCAUGCAUUGGCUUUUAAGCAAUUUACCGUUGUGAUAGCCUUAUGGCUACACCAAGACGUGAAGCGGCUACUUGAGGACCUGAGGAAUGGCGUGAAUAAUAGACAUGAUUCACGAGGUGAUCAGGACCAAGAGCAGCCACUACGUGUCGUAGAGGAGUACCAUUCCAUCAUGGACGGACUGCUAUACUCGGAUGCAGGCGAUGUUGAGCUUAUACCUGCCAACCAAGCAGGAGACUGUCUGGUUGAAAGAAGGGGGUUUAAGGAGGACUUACGUUCAAGGUUUUUUUAUGAUUGGGGCAAGGACAUUGAUGAGAUUGUUUCACUUAGGUGGUAUUAGAUAUUAGACAGUUAUCACGGCGACGAAUAGACCUAUCACAUACAUACCUACUUGUAUAAUGCUGUCCAGAUACCUGGCACUCAUAUGCGACCUGCUGCUCUCCUG